GCUUUAUUUAUAGCGAGUUGGCUAGCGUUUGAUCAGCCCAAGCUAUAAGAUUUUUGCUGUGGAGUGUUGACUAUCAGGCUUGUUAUCCUGGUAAGAAAACGACCGAUUGGAGCCACGCCGUGCCACAACAGCUGACUUAAAAUUCUCCUUCUUUGCGUCGUAAAUAGUGUGGCGAAUGGCAUGUACCAAAUCAUUAAACUUUUACGUUUCUCAUGGCAAAAUGUUCCCUUCAUUCCGGCAAAAUAGUCCGGUAACGCAGCAGCCAUAAUUUUUAGGAAAUCAUGGGGAGAUUUUUGGACAUCAUCAAGAGUUGUCUGGGACGCGCGCCACCACCCCAGCCUCCACGGCGGAGAGAAUAUGACGACUUCAAAUAUUUUACGACCGACUUCAGUGCCAAUCCAGCAAGCCGGUGGGCUGUAGCGGUGUUUCAAGCUAUCCUCCACAGCGCGAAUACUCCUGAUGCGAAUAUCCUCAUCAAUCCGUAUUUGGCCGAGAUCAUUCUGACGAGACUCCUUAAUGACACGCUAAAAUUUAAAUUGCUGGAUGAAUUUCACACUAGCAAAGGGGAUUGUUCGGAUAUAUUUGUAAUUAAAGAUGGGGAAACGGCAACAACAUCUGGUGCGUUGGAGUGUGUUAACGCCACGUUUUCUGAUGAGAGUUACGGUUCCGCUUCUCGGCCGGAGAGGACGAUUCGACAUUCAGUAAACUGUGGACUUGAAGGCGAGCCAGUUGAUCAGUCUCCUUCGGAGGGGUCCGCGACAGUGAAUCGCUCCACGGGAGAAAGAGUAGACGAAAAGUCUGCAAUGUCAUUGGCGCAAAUCAUGCAGGAGACGCGUCGGAUCGCAACUAAUAUUGUCGACUUUUCCUGUCGGUGGGAAUUUGAGUUUGAACAAACCACGAGCGGAACGUUCUACUGCCCGAAUAAUGUAGAGAAAACCGUGGAGUUUUUGAAAAGCACGGUCGGCAUGUGCCGUCAGUUUAACAGGCAUUACGGAAGUUCUGGAUUCAGAGCGGAUCCACAAAUGAUUAUGUUCUAUGCCGAAAAGGGAAAAUUCAGUAUUAUGCUGCUGCUACCGGCGACGGAUAAUGAUCACAUAAGCAGCUUGGAAAAAGAAUUAACAAUCGAAAAACUGUUAGAAGUGCGUCGGAAGAGCAGGGAAGGACUUGCGUAUGUUAUUGUACCAAAACUCCGGAUUAAUAUCGGAGGCGGAUUCGCAGCCGGUAACAAAAAUACACUGUCAACAACAAAUUCAGCCGAAAAGUUUGAAGAAGACCGGCCACCGGAGUGUGUCGGCCAAUUCCGACAGGGAGUUGUUUUAAAUCUGGAUGAAAACGGUAUCAAUGCCACGCAGGCCCCGUAUCGCGACUUACAUUAUACUCUCCUGUUAUAUGAGCCGGAGUUCGUGGCGAAUCGUCCGUUCUUAAUGAUUAUUUGGGACGAAAUGGCCAACGUUCCCGUCUUCAUCGGUCGCAUCACGGACCCGACUGGUGCGGCUAUCCAAAUAUCAUCACCGUACUGCGACAGUCCGCCGCAAAGUUGUGUACAGAAUCAGUAAAAUAGCCAAAACGCUUACUAGACUCGAAAUCGUUUUGAAGCGUGGUUCCGUCGCAUGCAGUCGAUCGUCCGCUACUUUAAAACUCUGGAUAGGACAGGCACCGCAUGUGACGGAUAAAGCGUUUCCGCAUCCUAACUGAAUGGAUCAAAUCAUCCUGCUGACGCGCAUGGCGCACUGUAUUGCCCGGAACACUCUACAGCGAAUCUGCGACGUGUAUAUUGUUGUUAAACGCAGUGUGGUCACUUUACAAUCUCAACAUAUUUGAUGUUCUUCGGGGAUAAGGAUAUAUGAGAGUACUCGUUUGCAGGCAAGGAAUAAAACAACCGAUCAUUCAACAAAAUGUUAAUUAACGAAUUCAGUUCCCCAAAUUAAUGCAAAAGAACUCGUAUAUGGAAAUACUGAGAUAUUGCAUUUCCUUUGCCGAUUGUUAUCAGCCAGCCCAUCUAAUCCCUGUCAAGAGGACAGCAAUUUUUUUCCCGAAAUACUCGUUCUUUCGUUAACAAAUUUUUAUUUUGUUAUCAUUUUCUUUCAAGAAUCCAUUGAUCAUAAUAAAAUAAUAUACGCGAAACCAACGGCGUUAUUCUGCACACUGCUUAUUGCAAUUUGCAACACUGUUCAUAAUAUUUUGCAAUGGCUCUG